UAAGAAGGAUGAUAACAAGCUUAACAAACUAUAUGGCCACCCAUGUGAUCUUCUCUUUUCUUGCAUGAAUCUUCACAUGGGGGCACAAAAGUCCUCUCCACUUUCUCAUGGCCUCCCAGUUUUCUUUCAGAAACAAAGAUCGUGAGGGAAAACAAAAAAAUAAAACAAAGAAUUAGCAGAGUGAACCAAUGGGUGAAGCAAAGCCAGAAGAGAAGAAAGAAGAGACAAAAGAUCAGGAGAUGAAAGAAGAGAAAACUGAGGAGAAGAAUGUGGAAGCUAAUACAUCUCCUCCAAAUCCAGUUAUCUUGUUUGUGGACUUGCACUGUGUAGGGUGUGCCAAGAAGAUAGAAAGAACCAUCCUGAAGUAUAGAGGUGUUGAAGAGGUGGAGAUAAACAUGGUGCAAAACCAAGUGACAGUAAAAGGAAUAGUGGAUCCUCAAGCUUUAUGCUCUAGAAUACAAAAGAAGACAAGAAGGAAUGCCAAAAUUAUGUCUCCAGUUCCACCAGCUGAUCAGGGAGACACCAACAAACCAGAUAUAGUGGUUGAAUCCCAGGUGAAUGGAACAGUACCAACAGUUGAGCUACUUGUCAACAUGCAUUGUGAUGCCUGUGCUCAAACGUUGCAGAAAAAGAUACUAGAGAUAAGAGGUGUUCAGAGAGUAGAGGCUGAGCUCAAGUCUGGUAAAGUGAUAGUAACUGGGACAAUAGAGGCUGAGAAACUUGUAGACUACAUUCAUCGGCGCACUGGAAAGAUAGCUAAACCCAUAACUCCACCAAAGGAAGAGGUUAAGAUAGAGGAUGACAAACCUCCUGAAGAGAAGAAGGAAGAGAAGCAUGAUGAGGAGGGGAUGAAGAAAGAAGAUGACACAGAGGAAAAGAAGGAUGAGAAAGAACCAACAGUAGCACAAGAACAAGAGAGUAGUGCUGUUGGAGAUGAGAAAAAGCAGGAAGGUUAUGCAGAAGGUGGCAACAAUAAUACUACUGUUGUUAGUGAAGAAGACAUGGUUAAGAAGGCGAUGAACUGGAGUCCAUUUUACAUGAUUGAAAGAUUGCCUCCACCACAGAUCUUCAGUGAUGAGAAUCCAAAUGCUUGUUGUAUCUCGUAGGACUUAUCUACCUAACUUACACUGUAAAUAUGUAAUCCAUGCCCUUGAGUACGUUUUCAUGUGUUCAUGUGUUAAUAAGUCAUUGUUAAUUUGUGUGUAUAUGUGUGCAUGUGUCAUGUGUGUGCUGCAUGUAUUGUUAUGUUUUGUAUACAGAGUG